AUGGCAGAUCUACAUCCAAUUGUCAUUCCCCCAUUGGCAUAUACCUACAAAUCAAUCAAGUUUACCUGCUCCGGCGAAGGACUCUACAAAGACGGAUACCUCUACGAUCCAAAUGCCGAGAAGUUGAUCCCGCCCAAGACACCGAAAGCCGUUGCCGGAUCAAGAGAACUGGAGAAGAAACCUGUCGCGUUUUGGAAAGCGCAAUGCGCCUUUCGGGGAUUGAAUCAGACAGGAGCCAUUGCGGACUUGCAGCUUCGACUUCGAGAGGCAAAGAAGAAGAUUCUUCCUGAACUGAAGAAUGCCGAGACCGAGCUAAACAAAGAAUUCAAGAAGAAGAACAAUGCUGCUAGAAAUGAGUCGUGGAAGUCUCUCAAGACUGUGGAGCAGAAAGCAAAGGAGAAUCCGCGUAAAUUCUUGACUGAAGCCUUCCCGAAAGGUACUACAGGACGACCAGCGAAUCUGGAUAUCAUUGUUCUGAAGAUUGGGGCUGACGAUCGCUAUGCGGUCACGAACGCCGCGGAAUCGAUGGGACUCGAAGCUGUGUCGGUUGAUGCUCCUUGGACCAGCAAUAAGAAGCCAUUUCCCGAUCGAUGGGUAAUUAUUGGGCGCACGAGGGACGCUGUUUGGAACCUGAUGAGAGAAAUCGAACGUGAGGUUGAAAGAAGUAAGCACGAAUUUGCAGCGGAGAAAGCAAACAACCCCCCCAAGGGAAGUUCCAAGCCAGAUGCGCAUAAGACCUCGACUACGACUCUUAAAAAGGAAGCCAAAUCUACUGCAAGCUCCAAGCCGCCUGUUCCAAAGGCCUCCACCGCCCCUGUCAAGAAGGAUGGCAGACUCAAUUCGGCACCAAAAGUGAAGCAAGAAUCCAAGUCGAGCCCGGCCCCAAAAGCAAGGCAGGAAGGGCAGCUUGUAAAUCCUCCCCGGGCGGUAGCUCGAGCAGCUUCGCCUCACCGCAAGGACUCUGCACCCAAAUCGGAGCGUUCCACAGCAAAGCAAACCGUUAGCAAGAACGUCGUUCGAGAUUACCAUGCACCAUCAUCUCAUAAAAAUGAACCAUUGGGUCCUGUUGUUGAUUACUCCUGGGAAGUGUGCGGCUCAUUUGAGAUCACUUGUCCGGCUAUCGACGAACAAUGGGGAGGCCAGGGUAAUCAUUCCAUGAAGCUGGACCUGCACUUUGAGACAAAACAUGGGAAGCGUCAGUUCUAUGGCGUUUUCGAUUUCUUGGUCGUUGCUGGUAUUAUGAGAUUUGAAAAGCCAAUUCCUGUCUCAAAGACCGACAACAAAAUGGAGUCAUCAAAGAAGCGGAAACGCGACGAACCAGAUGAGGAUGGAGACAUCCAAAUGGACAUGUACCCCGAAUUUACGGGGGACGACAGCGGAGAUUAUACCGAGAAAGUUUUCUUCCUCGGGAGCAGCGACAAGCCUACUGCCAGGAGGCCAAUCUGGCGAUAUCGAUGGCGCGGGUUGGCAGGUCGGGGGGGUGGAAUACAGGUCGGGUCCGAUAGGGCGGUUCGUUCGAUGACUUUCAGCCAGAAGGGUAAUCAUUUGUCCGGGUCAUUCAAAUGUGACCUUCUCCCCGAAUUCUACUUCGAAGGAGUCAAGGUUCGGUCUCGCCCUGGCAACGAGCAUGCCGAUCCAGAAGCACUGUGGGUGAACGCGAUCGAGGCUGCACAUGAAUAUGCUGGAGGUUGGGAAUGGUGA